AUGACAAAAAAGAGGAUCUUGACCACCAGAGACUUCUGCUCCAAAGAAAUCUUCUCUGUUACUCCCAUUCCCCAUUCUAACACCUCUUUCUCUUUCCCUCUCCAGCUAAUUGGUAAAAAUAAUCUUAAAGAGAUGGAAAGAGAGGAGGUCCUCAUACAACACAAUUUCACCUCAGACGAAAUCCAAAAGAGCCAGGCUGUGAAUGCUGACUACAAAGAUCUGAAGGGUUUGAACCAUGGCCAUUUGUGCCCCACAGGCCAUAUGGAUACUAAAGAGGGCAAGAGAGCUACCUUCACCCUGACCAAUGCAGUGCCCCAGGACAUCAUUCUUAACAACGGCCGCUGGAGCAACUAUGAGUUUCAAAUGAUGAUUAAAGAGACCAAGGGCUGUACAAGCACCUAUGUCAUCACGGGUGCUGUGCCUGGGAACACCUACAUCUCCAAUAAGAGGGUUAAUGUACCAAGCCACAUCUGGUCAGCUGCCUGCUGCCUGGUGGACGAAGAGCCCGCAGAUGCUUGGGGGGCAAUUGCUGAGAAUGACAAGAACGAGGUAGUGGUCCUGAGACUGGGAGACCUGGAGAAGAGGCUGACUGAGCUCUACAAGGGGAAAACAAUUACUCUGUUCAACAAUGCCUGUCCCCGGAAAUAAGCCUCACAUCCUUGUUGGAAGAGGCUCGGUGGCUUUUCCCACACAUCAUAGAAUCACAGAAUCACAGAAUGAGUUGGUUUUGAUGGGACACUAAAGCCUUAAAGAUCAUCUCAUUCUCACCGGCCUGCCAUGGGCAGGGACACCUUCCACUACACCAGGUUGUUCCAAGCCCUUCCCAAACUGGCAUUGAAUGCUUCCAGGGGAUGGGGCUGUCAAAACAGCUCUGGGUAACUCUUACUGUCCUGUCACUCCAUACCCUUGACCAAAGACCCUCUCCAGCCCUCUUAGAGAUCCUUGGGGUACUGCACUCUCAGCAGUCUUCUCCAGGCUGAACAUCCCCAGCUCUCUCACCCUCUCUCCAGAGCAGGCACGCUCCAGCCCUCGCAGCACCUUCAUGGCCUCCACUGGGCUCCACUCCAACAGCUUUGUGUCCUUCUUGUGCUGUGGGCCCAGAGCUGGAGGCAGCACUGCAGCUGAGGUCUCAGCAGAGCAGAGAAGAGGGGCACAAAUGUCCUGUGCAGAGUCUGUGCUGCUUCCUUCUCUGGUGUGUUUCCUGCUCUGUCCCUCAGGGCACCUCCUGCUCAGCUCAAAGGCACAGAGAUGUGGGCAGAGCCUCCAGCUGCUUGGCUUUGCUGCCCAUCUCAGGAGAGAGCUCUCAGGAACGAGUCCUCUCCUCCUCAGCUGUCCCCAAGAGUGUGCAGCUGAUUUGUCCCUCACCUCCUUAGCAAGGCUGAGGCACCAGGGCAGCUCAGGGUCCCAGAGGCCUUGUCUGGAGAUGUCCAUGUCUGGAGAUACCCACAUUCCAACAAGAGAUGAUUCUGGAUAACCUGCUCCAGCUGAUCCUGCUGGAGCCUGGAGUCUGGACAUGAAGAUCCUGAGAAGUCCCUCCAAAACACAACAAUUCAGUGAUUCUCUGAUCCUGGGCCAGGCUUUGCUUUGCUUGCUUUUGAAACUGCACCUUGAGAGCAGCAGCUGUUGUAUCAGACAGGCAGGCUUUGGCAUCAGAUACACAGAAAGCUUUGAGCAGCCAAAGCUGAAUUCCUGUGAUGCAUUCCGUGGACACCUUCCUUCUCUGCCC